GAAGAAAUGGAAAAUCUGGUGGAGGGGGAACUAAGGAACAGGACAACAGUGCAUGAGUUCAUUCUGGAGGGGUUUCCUGCAGUGCAGCACCUGGGUCACAUCUUCUUCAUGGUGCACUUGCUUGCAUAUCUGACCUCCAUCAUGGGAAACAUGCUCAUAAUCACAAUAAUCUGGGCAGACCAUCGUCUCCAGACACCUAUGUACUUCUUCCUCAGCAAUUUCUCCUUUAUAGAGUGCUGCUUUAUAACCACAGUUAUUCCAAAAUUGCUGACCAUCUUUCUGUCAGGGAGACAAACAAUUUCCUUUGCUGCCUGCUUCACACAAGACUUCAUCUUUCUUUUCCUGGGAGCAACUGUAUUCUUCCUUCUGUCUGUGUUAUCCCUGGACCGAUACCUGGCCAUUUGCAAACCUUUGCAUUAUCCCACUAUCAUGAACCCAAGGAUGUGUUACCUUCUGGUCGCUUCCUGCUUAGCUUUGGGGUUCUUCUUCAUGGUGGUCCCAGUUGGAAUGCUUUCCCAGUUAACCUUCUGUGGCCCCAAUGUCAUCCCUCACUUUUUCUGUGAUUUUGGACCUCUGACAAAUCUCUCCUGUUCUGACACCAGAUCUAUUGAAAUAUUGUUCUUCAACCUUGCUUUUUUCGUCCUUGGCUCAUCCCUGGUUAUAACCAUCAUUGCAUACAGCAACAUAGUAGUCACAAUCAUGCGUCUUCCAUCAGCCAAGGAGCGACAAAGAGCUUUCUCCACCUGCUCUUCUCACCUCUUGGUCCUCUCACUGAUGUAUGUCAGUUGUGUCUUCAUAUAUAUAAAACCAAACCAAGCGAGCAGGCUGGACUCCAACAGGGAGGCUGCUCUUGUGAACACAGUGGUGACCCCAUUGCUGAAUCCUUUAAUUUACACCCUGCGCAACAAGCAGGUCCACCAGGCUCUGAGAGAUACUCUGUCCAGGGUGAAAUUGCAGAAAUAG